UGGCACGCCUUGCGGCCAGUGAGGAAAGAGCUUCCCGGUGUUAUAUAAAAAGUAGCCGGAGAAGUGAGCGGUGAGUGUGCGGGAGACAGCAGACAUUUACGUUAAACAUGAGUUCUGAUGACGGUAUGAGUUUUGGUGGUGCAGACUUGUCGCCCCACCUUCACACUGAUGAGUGCAAUGCGAUUAUCAAUAUGCUGAAGCAAUGCCACACUGAGAACAAAUUUUUGAAAUUUUUUGGACAUUGCAAUGAUAUAGAUCGAGUGAUGAGGAAGUGCCUUAAGGGAGAGCGUGAAAACAACAGAGAUGCAAGCCGGGCCAGGGCAGAUAUGAUGAGACGGAAGCUCGCCGAAGCUAGCAGUCAUUGAGAGAAGUUUCUUGCCAAGCCACCACAUGGACGUUCACCCCUACAUUUUCCACCAGUGAUAAUUUUGUAUUUAUUUUACUAUCAAAAUUACUUUUUUUUAUUAUUAUUAUUUAGACAUGUUCAUGCACAUGUCCAGAUAUCUUAACAGAAAAGUAUUUUAUUAAUUUAAAGACUGCUCCACUCAAACUACGGGCUGUUUAUGUUUCAAAUGUGCUGUUAGCCUGGAAUUCAUUCAUUCAAAGCAAACUGGCAUCAAAACAAGAUAGUGUGAUCUCAUUUUCUCAUGUUCUAUCAGCACUUCAAGGUGCCUCCGCAUACUUUAUUUUAGUGAAUAAUGUACUGGUAUGUUGAUCCCAUCACCCAGAGAUGAACUGCAAAACAAUGACUGUAUGAAGUAUACGCAGCUGUCAUAGUAUUUUUCUGGAACUUCCUAAGAUGAAUGUGAUCACCAUAAUGAAGAAAAAUUACAUUUUUAUAAAGUG